AUGCCUCGACGAGGCCGUUCAAGUGCCAAGAACCUCCAGCGGGAGCCAUCCAUCGUAGUUGGAGAGCUAGACACCACCCCAACGAGCCAUCAUGCCGAAACAUUGAGCGACUUUGCUGAUCACCAGGAGUUUUUUGAGGAUGUGAUCGCCGACGAGGACCUUUUGGCUCUUGAUAAGCUGCUGGCACCAAACGCAGCGCAUCAAAGAGAAAAAUCGUUCACAUGGUCAGAAGCAGGGUCAACACGCCGUAGUUCGCCCAUUCGUGGCGAGGUGUCCAACAACGCCUGGGAAUUCGAUGUUGAAGAUUCUCUCCCGGCAAUGUCGAGCCCAAAGUCCGGAAUUGAUAAGCUUCCAGCGACUUUUCCUCUCCCUCCCCAGGACCACAUCGAACCCACUGACUUGCAGCCAAUCGAAAUGCCAGCCCGCAAAGUUGAUUUCUCUGAAACUGCUUCAACUGCCCGUAGAAGCACCCCGUUCGGCCUCGAUGAAGUAUCUUCUCUAGGUCCCUGGGAGUUUGAAACUCCGUCGGUGAAACAAACUUCUCUUGCAGCUCAUGACAAACAGGAAGCUGGUUCGUCCAGGCCUCCAGAAAGGGAGAUUGAGGGGAAAUAUGCCGCAGCAGUACUUUCAGAGGUGCGAACCAACAACAAAGGCAUGACCCGUUCAUCCAAACAAGAAAUUAUCAAUUCUUUGAGCAAGUCAACCGAUAUUGAUGGUGUCGUUCUAAAGGCAUCCCCAACACUACUUUCCAAACCUGCCCCAAUUGACACAGCAAAAUUACAAAAUGAUUCCCUCAAUAACAUCAGGUUAGAUCUUGAAUCUGAAGAGGACAUGAUAUUUCCCUCUUCUCCGCAGAUUUCGAAGAUGGAGGUACAUUCAAGCCCUUUUGCCGAACCAGCCACAACCGGAGUUCGCAAAACAAGGAAGAGGAAACAGCGAGCAAAGUCCCCAGUGAAGUUUGAUGAAGAUACUCAACAAGUGAAGGUCUCGAGGCGAUCUACUGCUCAGAAAGUAAAACGAAAACGAGCAGCUCCUCCAAGGUCCACCAAAGGGCCUGCGACGAAAAAGCCAAAAAUCGCACCCCAACCUAAGGCGAGUAUAUUAAUUUCGCAAACGCCUGUGACAAACAAAGGUCAUGAAUUUGCGAGAGCUACCAAAAAGGAAAAUAAGGUUCUCGCUGUGGAAAAGCCGGCCAGUUCAGGUCGACUACCUGAACCUUCACCAACCAUUUCGAAGAUCAACGUUGACCCGAUUGUCCUGUCGAGUGAUCCUGAAAGUAGCGAGUUCAUUCCAAGUUCUCCAUCAUACCCAUUAUCGUCAUUUGAGAAGCAACAUCACCCACAGAAGGGGGAAAAGAGGCCCCAAUCCGGGCUACAAAUCUCAAAGAGCAGAUCAGAGUCUUUAGAACCACCACAAGCACCAGAGCUCAAGCCUUUAUCAGAAGAGGAUACAUUACCGGAUACUUCAAACGCGAGUAUCGACUCAUUGACUCACCCGAUUCCUACUACCCUGAGACCAAUAGAGAAAGUCGAGGAGGCAGGGAAUGAUAAUCGUCCCACACUUCCAGAGCCUGAAGAGACCAAAUGUAAUUCUUCUCGAAAUGAUUUCCAGAAUGGGGAUAUCCCUAAAACUACGGCAAAUGAACCACAAGCAGAAUCACCCGAGCCGCUCCCUUCAAGGAACAAGACCCCGCAAAACAAUCCCAUCGCUGAAAAUUCAAAGGGGACGUCUGCUCACCUAAAAGACCACACCACUGCUGUCUCUCUGCCAGAUGAAAGGGCUAGGGAGAAAAGGGAUAAGAGACAACCAAAAUCUUCUCGACCCAAACUUGUCCUCAAGUCAAGCUUUAAAAAGAUCGCGCACUCGAUCUCUCCAGCGGAGGAGAGACUGCAACAUCCGAAUAGCCGUUCAAGGAUAGACAAUCUUCACUCAGGGAUCAACAAUACCCGUUCAAGGAUUGACUUAAAUAUGAAUCAAAGUCGAACCCUCAGCAUCAGCGAAGCAGGCAGCCCGGUACGCCUCGAUUCUCAUAUUGGUGGAAGCGGGGAGGACCGCUAUCCUUUACCAAAGGAACUGGAAUUCAAGAACUUAGAUACAACAUCCCGAUUCCCGCAACUUCAAUCGGAAAUUGGGAAAAUACAGACUGUCAAGACAGAGAAUAGACCCCGUAGAACUCGUGAUAUCACGAACUCGGUUUCAGCUGUGGGAAACUGCCCGAAUCCAAUGGAUGCAUCGAAUGAUCAUGCAGCCGGAGCUGAUACCCAGCAUUUUCCAGUAUAUCCUGGGGCGUCGAGUGGUGAGAGCAAUUCACCACGACUUCAAAAAAUCCGCGGGAAGAUCAAAGCCCAGAUGGAGGCGGAUUUUGAAGAACAGACAGCGAACAGGAACCGACCCGUGGCGCAGGGCCACAAUACGGAUACCAGCCGUAGCGAACUCCCAGUAGCACAAACGAAUACUUGCUCCCCGUUGGCGACGGGGAGUAUCCCGAAACAAUUACAUCGCAUUGUGGAAGUAGAGCAUGUCCCUUCAACAUAUAUGAACGGCAUGUCAGGGGCUUUGCGCAGAAUCGAGCGACGGUUCAACCGAGAGCGUCGCGAGCUGGAACAAGACUGGGCGCGUGACGUCGGACUUUUCAAAGCGAAUGUCGCGAUUUCCAAGGACAAGGUUUCCACCAUCCAGGAAGAGCGCAAUGUGCUACUCGCGUCUAUCAAGGAGGAGGAGGCGAAACGACGGCUUCUAUAUUCUCGCGCAAGCAGCAAUCUACUGGCACUUAACCGCACGUUACUCAACAGUGCAGUGGCAACCGAGAACAAGGAGUCCUCAGGAACUCGGUAG